AUGGAAUUUAAAUUCAUUUCCUCUUUCGUUGUCAUACUUGUGGUUGUCGGGAUGGAUCAUGUUGUCGAGGCAGGGUUUCCAAAAGACCAUUACGUGAUUUGCAAUGUCUACUGCGUGGGAACUGAAGAAGUGUUUGAUCAUAAAUCUGUGUUGGAAUGCAUUGCUCUCGUUGAUGUUUGCGGUUUGGACGAUUGGCGCGGCGGCUUGCAUUUGCACCGCCGACUACACCCCGGUCUGCGCCACCAACGGCAGAACCUA